AGCCCAUCGCCCAAUUGGACCCUCUGAAGCUCGAACAUCACAAUGGCUUCUUCAAGACUUGCUAUGCGCUCGUCGCGCGCUUUUGUCGCUGCGCAGCGCUCGACCUACCGCUCCUUCAGCAUCUCGGCUGCUCGCACCAACCAGUUCGAAGCUCUGAACAAGCGCACCAACGACACCUCUGAGCAAUACCGCAAGUUUCAGAUGGAGAAGGACCUCAACCCUCACAUGACCAACUCGACCUCUACUAUCGCGAAUGAGAUGCCCUCGGUCGGCAAGCAUUCGGCCCCGCCUGAGCUCAUCAAGAAUGUGGAUCCCAACUUCACCCCCAAGGACGCCUCCCCGGAGAACACACAGCGCAUGACAGGUGGAACUCAGAGCAGCGAGGGCUCGGAGGUCACUGGAAAGAACGCUGAGCUUGGUGUUGGAGAGUUGGAGGGCGCCAAGUUCAAGGUUGAGCCUUUGAGGCGGACUGGAGAGGAUGCGAAUACCAUGCGUGCACGAUUACUAUACCAGAGCCGCAAGAGAGGAACAUUAGAAAGUGACCUCCUCCUCAGCACCUUCGCCGAUGCGAAGCUCGGCACCAUGCCACCGCCGCUCCUCCAGCAAUACGACCUCUUCCUCGACGAGAACGACUGGGACAUUUACUACUGGGCCACGCAGGAGCCCACUCCGACCUCUCACGAGACUGCCGAGGGUGGCGCUGAUACCCUCGCCACACAAAAUGCUCAAGGCAAGGAUAUCGAGCCCAAGGAUGAGUGGAAACGCGCGCCUGCCACCGGCGAGUGGGCGCAGACUGUUGGCACGUUUAAGCCGGCGUACAGGCCUGUGCCACAAAGGUGGAAGGGCAGCGAGAUUCUGUCGCUUCUAAGGCGCCAUGUCAAGGAGAGGAGCGCAGGAGGCGUCACGGACACAGAGGGCGUGGCGAAGGAGUCGGAGGGUAAGGGGCUCGGUAUGAUGCCUCCCAUCCGAAACUUCGACCAAGCAUAGAUUCUGUCUGUGUAGCACCCUGUAAGCGUAUAUAUGUACCAUGUCUGUACACAAUGUUUAUGAUUUAUUCUCUCA